GUCAGGUGCGAUGUCGCGGCCUGAGGUUGACCAGGCACGUCCGAAGAUUGAAAAAGUUGUCUACAAAUUUCUUGGCUACAGUGAACCCCACGCAGAGGCAGCUGCUGUUAGCUGUUUUGUGAAGGGAUAUGACAGGAAAAAGAUCACAGACAAACUGUCACGCUAUGUUGACGAUCGAAAGGCACGCAAGCUGACAGACAACCUUGUUGACGUGUUUGACGAUUUACGACGAAGCUUCAGGAAAGAGAAGGAGCAUGAGAGCAGCGGAGGGAGUAGCAGUAGAAGCAGCAGAAAGAGGUACACAGAGGAUGUCAAAGAGAAUGGCGAAGGCAGGGAGGGCAAGAAGGCGAAGAAGGCUGAGAAGGCAGAGAAGGAGACGAAGAAGGAGGUGGAGGUGACCGUGGUGGAGGAAUCCCCGAUCCCCGGCCCUGAGAAGCCGAGUCCGGGCAUGCUCACCGCGAUGCAGAUAAAAGACAUGAUGGCCAACGCUCAGAAGAUGAUCGAGGAGCGCAAGAAACAACUCAAUCUUCUCACCCAGGCCGGCCAAUUUCCAGCCCAGCUUUCGCCACAGAUGCAGUUGUCAUCAGAAUAUCAGGUGGCGUUACACACAGAGGCAAUGGAGAAGGCUAAAAAGGCAGCGGAAAUACAGGCGAGAAUCCAGGCGCAACUGCAAGCAAAGCCGAAUCUCCUUUUGGCAGUCGGACCCGGUACGGCCGCCGUGGCAGCCACCGCUGGCGCCGCAUCGGGGAAACCCAGCGCGAGCGCGCAGUCCGCAGGCCCUGUGGCCCUGAUCCUGGACGAUGAGGGACGUACGGUGGACGCGACAGGCAGGGCCAUUCACAUUCCUGUUCACACUCCGACGCUGAAAGCGAACAUCAGGGCGAAACGACGCGAGGAGUUUAAACAGGUUCAGGACAAGCCGCCGGAGGAGUUUUCGGACGCGAGUUCGUUCUUUGACGCGCGCCUGCAGCUGAAGUCGGCGCAGCGGGUGAAGCGCAAGUUCCGCUUCGUCGACCAGGGCCGCUACAUACAGCUCGCGCAGCGCGUGCGCACCAAGGCCCAGCUCGAGAAACUGCAGAAAGAGAUCUUCCAGGUUGCGAAGAAGACGGGGAUACAGUCGGCUGCGAAGCUCGCCCUCAUUGCGCCGAAGAGCGUCGUCGCGUCGGACGAGAUUCCCGACGUGGAGUGGUGGGACGCGGUGGUCCUGCGCAACGAGAGCUACACGAGCCUGGACCAGAACCCCACGAAAAACCCCGACGGCACUCCGGGGGAGAGGUUCGACGGCGUGACUAACCUCGUGGAGCACCCGAUACAGCUGAACCCGCCCGCAGACACGUCUGCCGACGUGCCGAUACCCGUCAUGCUGACAAAGAAGGAAAGGAAGAAGCUGCGCAGGAUGACGCGGCGUGAGACGUGGAAGGAGAAGCAGGAGAAGAUACGACUGGGGCUGAACUCGGUCGAGGAGCCCAAGAUGCGCAUGUCCAACCUGAUGCGCGUGCUCGGCAUGGAAGCCGUUCAGGACCCGACGAAGAUCGAGGCGCAGGUGCGCACGCAGAUGGCAAAGCGUCAGAAGGACCACGAGGACGCAAACGCGGCGCGUAAGCUGACGCGCGAGCAGCGCUCCGACAAGAAGAUCAAGAAGCUGACGGAGGACACGACGGUGGGCGUGCACGUUGCCGUCUACCGCGUGCGCGACCUAUCGAGCCCGGCGAAGAAGUUCAAGGUGGAGACGAACUGCCAGCAGCUGCUGAUGACCGGCACGGUGGUGCUCUACCGCGAGUGCAGCGUCGUCGUCGUCGAGGGUGGCCCGAAGCAGCAGAAGAAGUACCGCCGACUGAUGCUGCACCGCAUCAAGUGGGAGGAGGACGGAGGAGGCGGCGGCAAGGGGAAGGAGAAGGACAAGGAGGGAGGGGAGGCGUCGGCGGCGCGCGGCGGCGGCGGCGUCAACGCGUGCGUGCUCGUGUGGGAGGGAACGACGAAGGAGCGAAGCUUCGGCGAGAUGAAGUUCAAGCUGUGUCCCGCGGAGACUUUUGCACGCGAACACUUCAAGAAGCACGGAGUCGAACAUUACUGGGACUUGGCGUACACUCAGGCCAUCAUGGAGGCCAGUGCCGCAGAGUGAACACAGUUCAGAUUGAGGAUUAGUGUGUUAUGAGCCGUAUCACAGGAGGGUGAGGAAAAGGAGGGGAAGUGUGUGCCCGUCCAGCCCCGAGCUUUAUUGCGUGUCACGGAGCUGUAGAAAGGAAUCGGCACGUUAGGGGAAGCGUGGCCGCGACUUGAUUCUAGUUAGAGAUGUGCACACGCACAAUGUCGCGAUGGCCGAUGCUUGAUCGUUGCCCUAGGCAUGAGUGUGUAAAUUAAGAACCAUGAGAAUGAAAUUAAGAGAAGUGAAGCUCCUGUCAUUUGUUUGUAAGAAUAAACAUAUUUACAUAAGUAA